ACCACUUGUCGCGCGUGUCCGCAAAAACUCCGACUUACACGCCCGCGAGACCGGGGCGAACCAAUGCCUCCUGAAUUGGCACGAGUCACAUGCCCUGCGCGGCGCUCGUCCAGCGGGAAGCAAUGGCGGACACGUCGGCCGAGGCGUGCGACAGACCGGCGGCGAGGGUGCCGACGCGCCGCAAGCCGCGAGAUGCCAUAGCAACGGCCCACGGCAAGGCCAACGACGAGUUUCUCAAAGAAUUCGUCCUAUCAAGGUCAACAGUGACCGCUGGCCGACUUGGCGGCAUCCAAAGACGGGCGGCGAGUAUAUGCUCAGCAUCUUGCAGCCGCGGGACAUGACCGACGGGGAGCUGGAUGCCUGCUUUGACCUGGUAGAAAAGACAAGCGGCGACGACUACCGCAGCUCCUCGGUCGGGUGGCAUCCGGUGGCCAAGAAGAAGGAGAUGCGUCUGCCGGAUCUGCGGUACAUUCUCGUCAAGGACCGUGACGAGCAGGUCCGCGGCUUCACGUCGAUGAUGCCGACGUACGAGGACGGCGAACCGGUGGUGUAUUGCUACGAGAUCCACCUCGAGGACGAGCUGCAAGGCACGGGCCUAGGGAAGCAGCUCAUGGGCUACCUCAUGGCGGCGGCGGAAGGCAUUCCGUCGAUUGGAAAGGCGAUGCUGACGUGCUUCGCAAGCAAUGCGCGCGCGAGGGCCUUUUACGAGGGCCUCGGGUUCGGGCUGGACGAGUCGUCGCCGCGGGAGAGGAGGCUGAGGGGCGGCAAGGUGGUGGUUCCCGACUAUGUCAUCUUGAGCCGCAGGACGGCGCGGGCGAGGGCGCGGGGCGGCGGCGGCGGGCCCGUCGCUGGGGACGGGAACACAGUCGGCGAAAAGGAUGGCGUUGCGGGACGUUGAAGAGAUGUGUGAGACGCACGUUAGGGAAUCAUUCGACGGAUGCAUGCUGGGACCCGUAGUGUGGUUAGACUGCGGCCGGACGCGAGUGGCGGACUGCUGCUGCUGCUGUUGCUGCUUUGUCGGACUCUUGGUCGUCUCGUCAUUGAUCCUUCGCGGUGCUGCAUUUCGACAUGGGACCACCCCAACGUCCGACGCGCCGACAUAGCAGGUCCUGGCAAUUACAAUAUCUGUGCCCAAUGUUUGAAGCCCGUCCCCUGCCGUUGUGGUCAGAGUUUCGAUUGGUGAUGUGGAGAGGACAGGGCAGGUAGAGAUCACUGCUGCAUGGGACAGGCAAGCCACAGCACAUGAUGCCAGUCCGGGGCUGUCAGACCUCAGAGCGAUCUCACAACGGCGCACAACCCACGGAAGCACCACGAGCAUACGCGGCAGGACUAGGUUGCACGAGCCUCCCCCGUGUCCGAGUCGCCUCGCCUCGCCUCGCCUCGCCUCGGUCCACGACUGUCGAAGGAAAAAAAAAAAGAGCCAAGCGUGAUGGGGACUGUGUUGUAAUAGAACGGACACCCACCGUCGUCAGCUGGGACCCUGGUCCACUGUAUGGAAUCACGACGAGGGUCCUCCUAUCUUUGGGUUUCGAGCUAGUCGUAUUAUUGCUGGUCAGUCCCGUUCAGCACCAAGGGGGGUUUGGAUGGAUGGGAAGGGAUCCUUGCCUGCCUCCACGACCG